CCCUCACGUUGAGGUUCUUCUGGCUCUGGGAACAACACUAGCUCAGUGUUCUCCAUCAUGACACACAAAGUUGACGCCAGUGCCUCCUGUCCCAGUGUCAGCCCACUUCAACUCAUACAUGUGUUGCUGCUGCUUUCUGUGUUCUUGAGCAUGCUGGUUCCCUCUACCUUUGGAUACGAUGAAGGUGACAUUGAAGAGUACAUGGAACUGCGCUGCAUCUGUGUGAAAACCAUCUCUGGAAUUCAUCUCAGUAAGAUCCAGUCUGUGGAGGUGAUCCAGCCAGGACCCCACUGUGACAAGGUUCAAGUGAUAGCUACUCUGAAGGAUGGGAGGAAAUUCUGUCUGGACCCAAAAGUUCUUACAAACAAGAAAAUGCUGCAAAACAUGUUGAGAGGUCAUAAAUCAGCUGUUUAAAUUUACUUACUUUCUGAUCUUAAGAGCAGAAUUUUGAAGUCAUGCCUUUUCUAGUGUGUUUAUUUAUCCUUGACACCUGUUCUUAUUGUAUGCAAACUUGGAUCUAUUUUUCUAUUCUGUUUCAAAAAUCGUAUUUUGUUUUAAGACGGCUACUUAAGUGACGACAGAAAAGAUGAAAACAUGCUUAGUUGUAACUUGUAAUUUAUGGUUUGCUCCAUAAUUCUUGUCUCAACAUUGUACUAUUUUGUAUUUCUUUAUUUGAAAGUUUCUUUCUAAACAUGUUUGUGACAAGUUUUUUUCUGUACUUUAUUUUUAGGCUGCCUAUGCCCAGGCUGAUUAACAGGUUUCAGUGGUUUAACAGCAAUAGGAAUGAUAGAGAUUGUGGCAUAGAAUACUUGCUUAUAAAUGUGUUUCAUGUAUUUAGGCACCUAGAGGUUUUUCAGUAACUUAGUAGUAGAACGUCUUGUUUUAGAGAAUUCUCUUAAAAGUUUAUUUUAAACUUCAAAUAUUAAACAUAAUAAAAGUGUAGAAAUUAA